AUGUUCCUGUCGGUCUGCGAGGCAUUCGAGGUCUUGGAGCCGAACUCUCCGCCCCGGAGACGCAUACGCCACCACGACGAGUACUCCCUGUGGUUCGAUGCUCGCGAGGAGGAGGAGCCUAAGAAGAGUGUGCGCCGGCAUACCUGCUCCUGCGACCUGCACAUGACCUACUCGCGCAGCCGGAUCGGACAGCUUAACCAGUCGCCGAGGAACAAGCGCUACCUGCGCUACCUGGAGGAAAAUAUUGAGUCGGGAAAAUCCAAUCUCCUGGUUUUGGGCAACGGCUGCCUGCUCGGCUUGGCGAGCUCUGCUUUGGGCGCCGCCUCUGUGAAGCUGCAUGAACCGCAUCGCUUCUCGCGGAGAUUACUCGAGUCGAUUGUCCAGCACAAUCAGCUGAAGAACGUGCAGUUUGUGGACAAAGUGGAGGAGAUCGAAGAUGUGACUUCCCUCACCCACAUCUUCGCAGAGCCCUACUUUUUAAAUUCGAUCCUUCCCUGGGACAACUUUUACUUUGGCACCUUGCUGAUGAAAAUCAAGGACAGACUGCCGGAGAAUGUGAAGAUUUCGCCCUGCUCGGCGAGGAUCUAUGCGCUGCCCGUGGAGUUUCUGGAUCUGCACAAGAUUCGAGCACCUAUUGGCAGUUGCGAGGGUUUCGAUCUGCGUUUGUUCGAUGAAAUAGUGGAGCGCUCUGCUGAGCAGGCUGUGUCCCAGGUGGAGGCCCAGCCUCUGUGGGAAUACCCCUGCCGUGCCCUUUCCGAACCCCAGGAAGUGCUCAAUGUGGAUUUUGGCAACUUUAGCAAGGAACUUAGCCUCAAGGGAAGCAUAGAACUUAUCAAUCCUCUAACCUGUAAUGGAGUGGCUCUGUGGGUGGAUUGGCAGCUGAUAGACGACAGCAGUCCCAGAUCUAUCGUAAGCAGUGGUCCCAGUGAACCCGUCACGCCCGGUGACUUUGUCAAGUGGGAUAUGUUCGUGCGACAGGGCGUGCACUUUCCCAGGAAACCGAAAGAAGCCGCAAGUCACCUCGAAUGGAGCACGGACUUCAAACCUCUGCUAGGCGAACUUAACUUUAGCUUUCGCCAAAAGAAGCUCUAG